AUGGAAAGGCGUCAAGUGAACGAUUACGAUGACUCCAAAGAAAAUGCUCGUGCCAACACGCAGUAUUCAUUAAAAGAAUAUAAAUCUAGUAAUAAACAACAACAACAACAACCGAUAAUUAGAAAUUCGGCAAAAAUAUUAGGAACGACAACGAAAAAAACAAUUGAAAAAAAGGAUUCGAAACGUAUACCAUCGGGAGCCAUAUUGGGAAUAUCAAAAACAAUGCAAAAGUUUAACGAAGGAGUUAAAAAUGGACAAAAAAUUGAUGAAACGACAACGAUUGGUUACCCGUCAACGGAUUCCAUUUCGAAUACUGAAGGUUUAAAUGGCGAGGAAGAAGAUGUUAAACCCGUCGUCGUGUCGAAAGGUAUCGAAAUCGUGGAAAAAGAAUCGUCGAAUAAUGAAAAGGAAGAAAGUGACGAAGAGUUUUUACUAGUGGAGGAAACAGGCGAUGCGUUUGUCGAACAAUUUCGAAACGGACAUGCUCGACCUAAUUACUCAACUGCGAGCACAACGACAUCGACAACCACCACCACCACCCCAGCCGCCGCCUCUACUACCGCUUCUACCACUACCACUACGACCGUUUUACCAAAUACAUUUAUUCCUAAAAGAGAUUAUUCUGAUGAACCGUGGAAACCUAUAAUACCACCAUAUCGAGAAGCCAUUAGAAUCAGAAAUUCUUAUCAUGAAAAAUAUCCGGAGAGAGUUUUCGAACAACACCAACACCACCACCACCACCACCCACACCAACAACAGCAACAGCAACACGGUCCCCUAUCAAGUUCACCUGUUAAUGAUGAUAGUUUGAUAACAUUUUCUAAAAAUUCAUUCGAAGAAAAUUUAAGAAUAAGUCCCGAAUAUGCGGGUUAUAACAAUGAUAAUAAUAAUAAUAAUAAUAAUAAUUUUAUGAUAAAAAAAAGUGAAGAAAAUAAUUUCGAAAGUGAAUCGGAUUUGAAAUAUCAAGAUUUUUUUUUAGGCGCGACUCGAACCGACGAAAUGGAAAAAAUAAAAAAAAAAACGCCGCCGGAAAUUGUAACGGCUCCGCCAGGUGUUUCAACAGGUUUCACCGGAGAAAGCAAUGAUAAUUUAACAAUGUCUAUAAUAUCGUCUUAUAAUCUGAACAAACAGAGUGAUGAAAAAUACGGUGUCGUGUCAAUAGAUAAAAAAUCAUCUCAAAUGAAAUCGGAAAUAAACGUUGUUAAAAAUGAUGGAGAUGUUGAAAAUGUUACGUCGUCUGUUGUUGUUCCACAUUCGAAACCUCAAACGACACCCAAAUCUGCCACGAUAAAAGCAGUUUUAAAAGUGGAAGAAGUGGAAGAAGAAGAAGAAGAAGAUAAAGAAGAAUCGCCGUCGCAGAGUUUCAAUAAAAAAGAUGAGAAAAAAAAUUAUUCGAAAAUUUACGAAAGUUCAGAUGUGAAAUAUUCGUCACAUUUUACUCCGAUUUCUUUGGAAUUUCCUGUUCCGACAUCCGAAAGUGUAAGCAGAAAAAAUUACACGACCUUAGAAAAUGGAAAAGGAGAUAAAAUAGAAGAAAUAAUUGAUAAUUCUCGAUCUUCGUCGUCAAAUUUCAAUCUCGAUUUACCGGAUUUACCGAUAUUGAAACAAUUUCAACAUCUCGAAAGUUUGUUUAAAGACAUGUCGAAAACAUCGUCGGGAAAUUCUGGCGUUCAAAACGUAUAUUCUCGAAUUGACGUGGGAAACGAAACGACGAUAAUGAUGACGAGAUUUCCAGCACGUACUAGACCGACAACGACAGUGAGUUUUAAAAAAGAAGAUACGAUAUACGUGGAAGUAAGCACAGUGUCACCAGAAAAUUCGACGAGGAGAAAAAUAAUGACCGUUAAACCCUCGACCGUUAUAAAAGGAGAAGUUGAAGUCGUAUCGGGACCCGUUAAAAAACCGUCGGAAACGAUGACAACGGAAACGCCUAAAUUAAUAACUCUUUUACCCGUGAGAUCAAACGUAAACAUGAUGAGACCACUUCGUCCAAGACCUAAAUCAAACGUACGAAGUACCUUAAUAAUAACAAAUAGAAAUUCUAAAAUGAAUUCGGGUUUUAAAAACGAAGAAAGACCGGCGGAAACAACAACAACGACAAAUGGCCGCCGAUCUUCACAAAGAGAACACGUCAUUAACGACAAAUACGGAAAACGUUGGGUAUACUAUCCAUCGUAUAAACCGACAUCCGAAUCGUCGCCGACGAACGAUAAGUUAUACAUAGUGACACCCGAACCUAAAUUAGAGGAGCGAAAGGAUGAUUUCGAACUGGAGGAAAAAUUUAAUUUCACGGAAAAUCUAACGACGGUACCCAUAUAUAACACGAUAGAAACGUUAUUAAAUUUAGACAACAGGAAUAGGAAUUCUAUUGGGAAAAACAAAACGUCGUCGUCGACGUUGUCAUCCACGAACAAAAACAGAAUGGAUAACAUGGUUAGGAAAAACACGUCGGAUAUUGUCCAGCACAUAGUUAAAAUAAUGGAAAACGUAGCCAUAUCGACGGGAGAUUCAAACCAGUCAAUAAUUAAAGUGAAUCAAACUCUUAUGAAUAAAACAAGUGAGUGA